UCCCAGGCCUAGGGAGCCCGCUGGUGGAAGGGCUGGUGGGAGGAGUUGCCAGUGGCCUGGGAUGAUUCUAGACCUUUCAGAAGGGGAGCCAUACCCAAUUCCCACCUGAGCCUGCCUCUUUUCAGUACGUGUUCCUGUCCCCAGCCAAGGUCUACAGGACAUUCACUGUUUGCUUAGCUGAGGCUACUCCAGUUUUUGGCUUGGAGAUCCCAACUUCCCAGAAGCCGCCCCCAGAGGGGUGGGACAGUGAGCUUGUUAUUAAUUCAUUCCCCAUAUCCUCUCAAGUUCAGAAGCAACCUGCCAGGCACUGGAGCCAAAAUGAAGACUUCAGCCCCUGGCCGCACCUGUGGCAUCUCACUGCUGCUGCUCUCGCUGCUGGCUGCCCUCCACACGACCACUGCCCGAAAGAAUGACAUCGACAUCUACAGCCUCACCGUGGACUCCAAGGUCUCGUCCAGAUUUGCCCACACUGUCAUCACCAGCAGGGUGGUCAACAAGGCCGAUACGAUGCAGGAGGCCACUUUCCAGGUGGAGCUGCCCAGGAGAGCCUUCAUCACCAACUUCUCCAUGAUCAUCGAAGGAGUGACCUACCCAGGGAUCAUCAAGAAGAAGGCUGCAGCCCAGGAGCAGUACAGCGCAGCUGUGGCCAGGGGAGAGAGUGCUGGCCUUGUCAAGGCUGCCGGAAGAAAGACGGAGCAGUUCCAGGUGUCGGUCAGUGUGGCUCCCACUGCCAAGGUCACCUUUGAGCUGGUGUAUGAGGAGCUGCUCAAGCGGCAUCUGGGAGCAUAUGAGCUGCUGCUCAAAGUCCAGCCCCAGCAGCUGGUCAAGCACCUGCAGAUGGACAUUCACAUCUUCGAGCCUCAGGGCAUCAGCUUUCUGGAGACAGAGAGCACCUUCAUGACCAAUGAACUGGCAGACGCGCUCACCGUCUCGCAGAACAAGACCAAGGCUCACAUCCAAUUCAAGCCCGUGCUCUCCCAGCAAAAGUCAUCAGGGCAGCAGGACACAGUCCUGGAUGGCAACUUCAUCGUCCGCUAUGAUGUGAACCGGACCAUCUCCGGGGGCUCCAUUCAGAUCGAGAAUGGCUACUUUGUGCACUACUUUGCCCCCGAGGGCCUACCCACAAUACCCAAGAAUGUGAUCUUUGUCAUUGACAAAAGCGGCUCCAUGAGCGGCAGGAAGAUGCAGCAGACCCGGGAAGCCUUAAUCAAGAUCCUGGAUGACCUCAGCCCCAAAGACCAGUUCAACCUUAUCAGCUUCAGCGGGGAUGCAGCCCAGUGGAAGCCCUUGCUGGUGCCGGCCUCAGCUGAGAACGUGAACCAGGCCAGGAGCUAUGCUGCCGGCAUCCAGGCCCACGGAGGGACUGACAUCAACGAGGCGGUGCUGAUGGCCGUGCAGCUGCUGAACAGUGCCAAACAGAAGGAGCUGAUGCCGGAGGGGACCGUCUCCCUCAUCAUCCUGCUCACCGACGGCGACCCCACCAUGGGGGAGACCAACCCUGCAAGGAUCCAGAGGAACGUGAAGGAAGCUAUAGAUGGCCAGUACAGCCUCUUCUGCCUGGGCUUUGGCUUCGACGUCAGCUAUGCCUUCCUGGAGAAGCUGGCGCUGGACAACGGCGGCCUGGCUCGGCGCAUCUAUGAGGACUCGGACUCCGCCCUGCAGCUCCAGGACUUCUACGAGGAAGUGGCCAACCCAUUGCUGACAGCAGUGACCUUUGAGUACCCCAGCAACGUGGUGGAGGAGGUCUCGCAGGACAACUUCCGGCUGCUCUUCAAAGGCUCCGAGAUCGUCGUGGCCGGGAAGCUCCGGGACCAGAGCCCUGAUGUGCUCUCAGCCAAAGUCAGGGGGCAGCUGCACAUGCAGAACAUCACCUUCCAAACGGAGUCCAGAGUGACGGAGCAGGAGAAGGAGUUCCAGAGCCCCAAGUACAUCUUCCACAGCUUCAUGGAGAGACUCUGGGCGUACCUGACCAUCCAGCAACUGCUGGAGCAAAUGGUUUCAGCAUCCGCUACUGAGAAGCAGGCCCUCGAGACCCGAGCUCUGAACCUGUCGCUCCACUACUGCUUUGUCACUCCCCUCACGUCAAUGGUGGUCACCAAACCCGAUGGCAGAGAACGUUCUGAAGUUGCUGAGAAGCCCGUGGAAACCAAUAGGGAAAACAGACACAAGAACUUCUAUUUAGGUCGUCCGUACUCCAGACCUCAUACCACAGGAGACAGAGGGUUCAGAUUAACAGCGGGAACUUCCGGGAAGAUACCUAACGUCCCAGGGAGAGCGGGACCACGAGGACCUCUUAAUUCUCCUCAUCCUUAUCCAGACUACCUCACAGCUGGAGAGUCACUGCUACCGGGCAUGUUAGCUCCCUCCGUUCCUGAAAGGAUGAUUCAUGGCAUGGAUUUAAGAGCCAAAGAUGUCCCUGCAGUAGCUUCUGACUCUAUAACAGGGAGACUCGGGGAGAGGAAAGCCUCGGGGAGCUCUACAGACUUGCCACAACCAGCCAAGACAGCCUCACCCCCAGCUGCUGUCCCAGCCCCCAUCCAGGCGCCUCCCGUCAUCCUGAUGCUGCCUGGACAGAGCGUGGACCGCCUCUGUGUGGACAUCAAGCACUCUCAGGGGCCGAUGAAUCUGCUGGCAGACCCUGACCAAGGGAUUGAGGUGACCGCCCAGUACGAGACAGAGAGGGCCCAGUUCUCAUGGAUCAAGGUGACCUUCAAGAACCCCCAGCUGCAGGUCCGCGCCUCCCCUGAGCACGUGGUAGUGACCCGGAACCGAAAAAACUCUGCCUACAAGUGGAAGGAGACACUGUUCUCGGUGACACCCAGCCUCAAGAUGACCAUGGAUGAAGCGGGACUCCUGCUGCUUAGCAGCCCGGACAGAGUGACCAUAGGCCUGCUACCCUGGGACGGCCCUGGCGAGGGGCUCCGGCUCCUCCUGCGGGACACCGACCGGUUCUCCAGCCGCGUCGGCGGGACCCUCGGCCAGUUUUACCAGGACGUGCUCUGGGGGCCCCCAGCAGCGGCAGAUGACAGCAAGCGAACCCUGAGGGUUCAAGGCCUUGACUACUCUGCCACCAGAUUGCUCAAGCUGGAUUACCAAGAGGGGUCCCCAGGAACAGAGAUUUCCUGCUGGUCCAUAGAACUGUAGUUAUGUGGGAGGGGUUAAGCCCACCCCCUCCCCCCAUGCUGCCCGAAAGUGUGCAGAGGACUGCCACCCUGUGACCCGAGGGCCGCCUGUGGGGCCUGGGCUUCAAUGGGGAGGAUAUUUUGACUCAUUACAAAUAAAGGUGGUGUAAGCCCA